GUUGUGUGAAACGUCGGACACGGAAGGCCACUUACCGAAAAGGAACUGCGUAGAACCGCAACACGACAUAGGCUGGUUCUCUCUGCAAACCAGCACGCAAACCUGGACGCGUAAUCAACAACUCAUCGACUAAAGAAUGACAGCGGUCUGCAUUUGUUCUUUCUUUGACGGCGAAGUCUCCGAGAAGAACAACAUGUUGACCUAUCACCACGCUGGCGCGAGCAGCCAGGUCAAUUCAAGCCGCUACAAGACUGAGCUGUGCCGGCCUUUCAAGGAGAACGGCACUUGCAAAUAUGGUGACAAGUGCCAGUUUGCUCAUGGCGUCCUUGAGCUGCGCAGCCUUACCCGUCAUCCCAAGUACAAGACUGAGCUGUGUCGCACCUUUCACACUAUUGGAUUCUGCCCGUAUGGCCCUCGCUGCCACUUCAUACACAACCCUGAGGAGCGCCGCGGUCCCCCACCCCUCUCCACCUUGAACAAGAUGGGGUACCCCCGGCUACAACACAGUUUGAGCUUUGCAGGUUUCUCCAGCUCCAAUGGGUCACAAGACAGCCCCACCUCAGUCACCCCACCUCCCAAUCGCUCCACUGAAGACCUGACCAAGUGGUCCAGGAAUCCGUUCUCCUACUCUAGCCAGGAGAUUGCCAGGCUGUUUGGCCCGAAUUUAGGGCCCCCUCCUGUGUGUGAGGCUCAGCCCCCAGCCCCACUUUCCCCUAGAGGCCCCUGCUUUUUUCAGCCAGCCUCAGAUGGUCCCCCCAGUCCCCUCAACUCUUUAUCUGAUCAGGAGGGUUACGAGAGCAGUCUUGGCAGUCAGAGUGGCUCGGAGUCCCCCCUCCUGGAUACAUCCCGCCGCCUCCCCAUCUUCAGCAGGCUCUCUGUUUCUGAUGAGUAAAAUUGCUUUGAUUUAUUUUUCUUAUGGAGUGAAGUCAGGAAGAUUAAGACCACUCACCUCCUGUACUCAAUCCUUAGCUCUGUUUACACAAGAACUCAGAUCACAAUAUCAGAUGCCUUUAUCCCUUUGUAUUGCAGUCAGGUUUCAUUAACAAAAUGAACAAUUACUAACCAGUGUGCCCUUUACACGCACGCCCUGGCCAGUGCCAUGUUUAAAUGAAUGUGAACCAAUGUGAAAUGCAGCUCCUAUUAUUAAGCAGUAAAAUGCACACCUUUCAUUUGGAAACAGCAGUAACAAGAAUCUGUACUGUUCUGUUUAUGUUGCAGUUUUGCCAAUCUCCAGGCAGGCUGUGUUAUUGCCUGUUGCUACAACCUUUUAAACCUUCCUUUUGAAAGCUCAGUGUUUAAUUGGUAAGGCUCACCUCAGCUUCACGAAAAUGAUGCCACCAUUUGGAGGGUUUUUUUCGUUUGUUUUUUUGCAAUUCCAGUAACUUGCCUCACCAAACCCAGUUUCUUUAAAAUGAUGCUGGGUGAGAGCACGCUUGACCCUGUCUGAGUCACUUUAUAUAGCAAGGCUGGAAUCCUGCUGCUGUUCUCUGUACAUGAAUGACAAUGCAGUUUGUGCAUGCCACAUUAUUAAGAAUAAUUUGUUGAUUCCAGGGCAAUUUGAUUCUACAAAAACGUCAUUUGUUUCCAUUUACUUUUAUUUGACCACUGAGCUCCCCUGAGGUCAAUAAUAGUUGGUUUCUUGAAUUAACUUUAAAGUGCUAGCAGACAAUGUUGAACAGCACUUAAAAGUGCAGUCUUAGUUUUUCACCUAAGUUUUUUCCCCUCAAUGUUGAGCAGUUGCGUAUAAUCUCUCAACAUUGAGUCCCUGUAUUUGGGGAUUUUGGUCAGCUUUAGUGUUUUGAUUGGUUCCCCGUGUUUCUGUAUAUUGUAUAUUAUUAUUACUAUUGUCUAGUUUACACUAUAGAGCCCUAAGCACCUUGGUUGUCACUGAUUAUUUAUCAAAUUAUAUUUAUUACUGAUUUUAAGCAUUUAUGUUGUAUUUAUGUUAAUGAAACAAUUGUGUAUUUUUCUUGUUAAAUUAUGAUCUUCCAUAAUCGCAAGAUUGUGAAGCAGAUUUUUUUUUUUUUUUUUUUUACAGUGAUAAUGUACACUGCAAUGACAUUUUUAACAUUUCUUUGUUUUGAAACAAUCUCAAUUUAAAACAAGAUGUACAAAGGUGUAGCAUUUGUAUUUAUUGUAUCUUGCUCCUCACAUAUGUUGGGCUAGAGGUGGAGGAUUUGUUGUGAUCUGAAGGCACAAAUGCACUGCCAGAUUUGCCCAGUCAUUCACGCGAGUGUGGGUGGUGUUCGGAUGGAAUUUUGCACUAAAUAUUCAGUAAACAUAAUUCUUAUACCUCUUCAUAUACAUCUACAUAAGAGAACAAUAUUAAAAGUGGUUGUACAGAUGAAGUGACCAAUGCUAGUAGUUUUAUUACAGUUGUGGACAGAAGUUUACAUACACAGCGCAAAAACAUACAUUUGAUUUUGUGUCUCACUGUCUGAAGUCACCUCAGACAUUUCUGGUCUCCUAUUUCUGUUCAGUCAGGAUCACAACAACUAUUUUAUUUUGUUUAAUGCCACAGUAAUGAGAGAAUUUCUUAAAGAAUGUUAUUUUCUUUGAGGUCAAAAUUUUACAAGUAAUACUUUUAAAAGUACUACGCCUCUAAAGAACAUGGGGAAGCCCAGAUGAUGUUAUGACUGUAAUCUCUUAAUGGGUUAACUGACAUGAGUUAAUUGACAGCACACCUGGGGAUGUAUUUAAGGCCACACCUUAAACACUCUGCUUUCUUGUUUGAAAUCAUGGGAAAAUCUAAAAUUGGCCAGGAAAUCUGAGGGAAAAAUCAUGGAGCUUCACAAGUCUGACUGAUCCUUGGGUGCAAUUUCCAGAUGCUUGAGGGUGCCACGUUCAUCUUUUCAAUUAUACGCAAAGUGUAAACAUCAUGGGAAUGUCCAGCCAUUAUACUGCUCGGGAAGGAGCCAGGGUCUGUGUCCCAGAGAGGAACGUGUUGUGGUCCAAUUGUGUGAAUCAACCUAGAACAAAAGUUAAAGACCUUGUGAAGAUGCUGGAUGAAGCUGGUAGCAAGAAAGUAUCACUAUCCACAGUGAAACGAUUUUUGCACCGACCUGCUCCGAAAGGCCACUCCCUGAGAAUGAAGCCAUUACUCUAAAUGAAACCUUUUAAAAAAGACAAUUUACAUUUUGUAAAAGCGCCCCAAUACAAAGAUAUUAACUUCUGGAGAUCUCCCGUGGUCUGAACUAUUGGGAUCAUGAAGGAAGAUUACAUGAAGAUAUUAAGGCAACAUCUCAAGAUGUCAGACAGGAAACCUAAAAUGGGCACAAAUGAGUUCCAAGCAUACUGUUAAAAUGGUUAAAAAGUAGAGUACUGUCAAAAGCUUGUUUGACCCAACUCAUGAAGUUCAAAGGAAAUGCUACUUAAUACUAAGGAAAUGUAUGUCAACUUUUGACCUCGAAGAAAAUGUAAAAUUCUCUUAGAAAUGUCUUUUAUUGUGGCAUUAAACACAAAUAUUUUUUGUGAUUUUGACUGGCCUAAGACAGGAGAGGUUUAGACUGACUUGGCUUGAGACAGUGAGACAUAAAAAAUGAAGUUUUUGCACAUUGUAUGUAAACUUGGGGCUUUAGUAGCAUUAGCCCAGUUUACCUAACCACCUGCACUGUGCAUUGACAAAUCCUGCUUAGUGUAUUUUAGGCCUCUAGAAUGUAGACUGGUUCUAGAAAAGUCCUGUCCUCAUAACGGUAACUUUUAUUUGGGUUUCAGUUAUAUGAUGCAUCACGGAGUCAGGUGGAUAGAGAGAUCUCUUGGCUAAUUUUUUGAGUAAAAUAAGCUUGCCUUACAUCUCUCAUGCAGAGACAUAUUAGCACUUUUGUCUUGAUGAUGAUGAUGUAAAGGUUAUUCUUGACUAUUCUUCCCCAUGAAGUGCCUAAAAAAAAAAAAAAAAAAAAAUCCAGGUUGUGCCUUCCUAUUUUAUAUGGUAUGACUGCUAAAAGCCUAAAAUGUAUUCCUGUAGGGGAGAGGUUAACAGCAUUGGAAUCCAGCUGUUGCUGUUCACUGCAGUAGUCUUUUGUCAAUUUGUGAUGACAGGUUUGCAAAUAAAACAUCCUUAUAUUG